AUGAGAGGGCAGUGCGUGCCAGAGAAGUAUGUGAGGUCAGUGAAGGAAAUGUACAGAGGAGCAAUGACACAGGUGAGAAGUAGUGUGGGCAUGACAAAGGAGUGUCCAGUAAAAGUAGGCUUACAUCAAGGGUCUGCGCUUAGUCUCCACCCCUUUGACCUGAUUAUGGAUGUGCUGGUGAAAGAUGUGAAGAAGGAAGCGCCGUGGAACAUGAUGUUUGCGGAUGAUGUGGUUCUUUGUGAGCAGAGUAUCGACAAACUUGAGGAAAAGCUGGAGGAAUGGAGGAAGGCAGUAGAAGAAAGAGGGAUGAAAAUUAGCAGGACAAAAGAUCGAAAGCCGUGCCGCCUCUCGAAGAGCCGCGGAGGCGGCGCUGCGAGGGCGCAGAACAAACGAGAAGCGGCGCUGAUUGCGCGAGCCGUGCGCUGCGGCGUGGCCGCGGCGUGCAGCGGCGCGGUGGGGCGCGCCACCCACUCUGCGGCGCCACGCGUCGGCCGGCGCCGGCCACCGGUGGCGCCGGCGCGCACACCUCGUUACGGCGCGGCGCACAGCGAAAAGUCACGUAGCGGCGCGAUCCUGGCGAAUUACUCAAGACAGAGACAUAAGGAUGCAAUAGAAUCAGAUCUUGACAUACCAUCAUCUGAUUAUUCUCACGAAGACUACAAUGUGGAAGAAGGAGACAUUGUUUCCGAUGACACUAUCCACUCUGCAUCAGAUUCAGUUAAAGAAAUAAUCAAUACAACCGUGACUCAAAUUGAGUAUGAUGAUUUUGUUAGGAAAAACAAGAAGAAAGCAAAACAGUCAACUAUUCGUCCGAAAAAUACAGGCCUGAAAAAUGUGCCGAAUACAAGUAAUGAGAACGGUUGA